CCUGAUGUUUCUCCGUGCUCCUAUUACUCUCUGACUGGACGUACUCUGGGCCAAAGAUCCUCCAUCGCCUCAAGCCAAUGGACACUUAGAUCACUCUCAAUCAAUCUGAUCGCCGAAGAAUAUUGCCAUACCGGUCCAAAUACUCAGGCCAGCAGGUCCUGCAAGGGACCCCAUAGAUUCUCAGUGCAUUGGUCCAGUGCAAUAGGAUCUGGAUGGUUAAGAGCACUCAUAUUGUGAUGUAUGAGUGCAGCGAUUGCUGGACACGUUGUAGAGGGGAUCCGACUGAUUGAAUCCGUCUACUAUGAUACCUUGACCCCGUAAGUAUUGAGACGAACCCGGCUUCUCGUCAAGCACAGU